AUGGUUAGAACAAUAAAAGAAAUUCACAUAAAAGAAAUAAUGAAAAAAGAACAAAUAAAAGAACCAAAGAUUCAUGCCUCAUAUACAUUUGUAAGGCUACUAUUGCUGAGAAUAUCAUCGAUAGGACUUUAUCUCGCUGCAUAUAAGAAUAUUGACUGCAUUACAUGCUUUAUAAUUGAAUUGUCAAAGCAUCCUGCUUUUCCUUUGCUUAUUGUUUACGAGACAAAAAGUUUUCUGGAUCUAAAGGAGCCCAUAUUAAAAGCAUUUGUACUCAUUCUACUCUUCUCAACAACAUUGGUUCCCAUAAUCAAAGCCCUGCUCAAAGAAAUUGACACAAAUACAAUUUUUUUUUGGUUUUCACUUUGCCAGGUAAUAUUUUGUAUUGAUUCUGUAAGAACAUCCAUUUUAAACAAAGGCAAGAGCAAAAAAAAGAAGUUUUCACAUGAUAAAGUGAUUCCACUUGAAGAAAGCAUUCUCAUUCCUCUUAAAACAGAGAAUAACGGAGUAUUUGGGAACAUGGCCGCGCUGUUUGGGUUCUUUGGGACAUUUUCAAGAAUUGAUGAUAAUACGCAGGUGUUAAUACUACAAGCAAUUGGAUUUGUCGCCUACUUGUUUGUUCCCAGUUUCUUAGAAAAGAGAUUUGUCCAUUUGAGUUGUAAGAAACUCAUUUUGGUUCUUUGUUCAUUCUUAAUAAUUCAAUAUUUGGCCGAUCAGCAAAUAUUUUUUAUAUUUCUUUCGAUAACAGCAAUAGUAUUUAGCUUUCUAUCAUUGAGUAUUGAACUGAUUGAUAAGAGAUAG